AUGCCCCCGCCCGCUCGAGCAUCGCCGCCUGCGCAGGCGUCCCCGUCCUACGCCCCCGAGUGUCCGCCCGAGGCGGUCCGCGACGACGGCUGGGUCGGGGUCGUGGGCAUAGGCUCGCUCCUGUCGGAGAGGUCGGCGAGGCACACGUCCCCGAACCUGCGCGGGUUCAAGACCGUGCGGCUGAGGGGAUACAGGCGCGUGUUCGCCCACACCGCGCCCGUCUUCUUCGAGCGUGGCAUCGCCGACGGGAAGACCCGGGAGGUAUCGUCAUUAUCGAUGGAAGCCUUGGAGCCCGGGGACGAUCCGCGCGAGGCGCACGGCCCGCGCGGCCUGGUGGCGACGUACUUCGAGAUACCGGGCGAGGAGUUCCCGGCGCUGGCGGCGCGAGAGGCGGAGUUCGAGCUCAGGGCGGUGACGUACGAAGACGACGAAGACGACGGAGAAGGAGGGGGCUCGGAUGGAAAAAAAGCCAUCCUGUGCGUCCGAUCGAGCGACGCCGCGUACGCCGAGAGGCACUGCGAACGGAUGAAAGGGACGGGAGGCGGGGGGGGGUUCGGCGAGGAACGGAUAUGGUACCCCGGCCGGCGCUCGCCGCCGGCGGUGUACCCGACUCGCGCGUACGCCAGGCACUGCGUGUUAGCGGCGAAGUCGCUCGGUCCGGAAGCGCUGGCGAGCUUUCUGGACCACACGUUCCUCGCGGACCGGCGGACGACGCUGAGGACGCACCUGGAGAGGAACCCGUCGCUGAUGGAGACGCCGCCGCCGCCCGAGCUGGCGGAGCGGUACGGCGGUUGA